AUGAGUUUGCUUCCGUGGGCUGUGGCCCAGCUCCUUCCUCCGGUCAAACAUGACAGUUUCAGUUUCCCUGUCAGUCAAACCCUACUCCCCUUCAUUGUUUCAACUUUCAUCUUCUCCCCCAUCGCCGCCUUCUUGAAGAACGUUGGUAAAUCCAUGCCGAAGGCGACGUUGGUCAGAUUUUCGUGGAAAACCACAAAAAUUAUCUGGUCGAGGUCGUCGGCGUUGCGUUGGAAUGAGAGUUUCUGCAACCCGAAGGAAGCAAAGGAGGGGAUGAGAUUGGUGAUUGUAUAUCCCCUGAAGAACCUGGAUUUGUUGCUGAAUAUAUUAACCGAAGACAUACAUACCAUUCUCAAAUCUCAACGUCACAGCAUCUCAAGAACUCCAACUUAUUUCGUAAAAGUUUCAACGACUACGACUUUCUUUCAACAACCUCCGGUAUCACUUUGCGGAUAAUGUAAUGUAAUUUGCAAUGGGAGAUGAAACUCAUAUAAGAUUUGACAGGACAUAGUAUACUUACUACAUUAUAAGUUAUGCCAAAGACAUUACAAAGAAUGACUACGUUACAAAGUUACAAAGAAGAAGAAGAAAAAAAACAUAAGGAUUGUGAGUUACCAAAGAGGUUACCAAUGCUAAUCAACAAAGUGCCAAUGCUAAGGCACCCUUCAUCAAGAUGGAAGAAGCCAUUAUCAUCAUAUUGAAACUUGAAGCAGUGUGAAAAUUAAUCAACACCAAGAAUACGUAUAUAUAGCAUUGAAGUUAAAUUAAUUUUAGUUUUUUUUUAAAAGAACUAAUUCUAUUAUUGUGAAGAUAGCAUGACGUUCAAGUAAUGAGCUCUACCAAUUUUAGUUUUACCGGAUAAAGUAGUAUAUAGA